AUCAACCCACUUACUUCAUCUUUCUCUCUCCUCUUUUCCUCUCUUCACUUUACUUCUGUUAGCUUAUUCAAUACACUUUUUGCUUCCAGCUAUAAAUGCUUCACCUGUUUAUUACAUUUUUGCUUUCCCUUUACUGUUUCUCUCUCUCUCUUGGUUUCAUCCAUUGCAAACCAUGCUUCCUUUCCAGCUAAUUAGGUCCCUCCCUCAUCCUUAAGCACAGUACCCACCAACCGUUUUUCCCCACCAUUGCUUGUUUCUUCUCCAAAAUCUACCCAUUUUCACUCACUCUCUCUUUGCAUUUUUUUUCUCUUCAUAAAAAUAGUAUUUUUGUCUGGCACUCCAAUAUAUCUUUGUUUAUUUAUUUCUUGGUAUCUUAGUCUUUUUGCCUUGAGUUUAUAUGUGACCCACUUGAGGUCACAAUCCUCUAUAGUUUAACUACAUAUAAAAAACUGCAUCUUUUUGCAGCAUCUUGGUUUUGUAGGGCUUGUUCUGGUAUUGUUCUGUCAUUCCUGCACCCAUCUAUGCUCAUUGGGUCUUUGGAGGUUCAGAGAGAAGACCCUCUGUUGCUUCUGUGGGUGCUGGAGAUAGAGGAUCAAGGAGGGUGAUUUAGAUCAACACAAAGAAUGUUCGGAUGUGUCUGUUGAAAGUUUGUGUAAAGGGACUACUUAACUAUGCUCUUGCACUCAGGUGGGAAUGUAUUGAUUCUACUCUCUGAAGAAUUUGGAGAUCAGCUUGUAGCAUCCAACUAUGUCAGCAAACAGUUCUUUGCAUGUGGAAUUAUCGAGGAAGACUUCGUUUUUGGGAUUGAGAUUAUGGGUUUUGAUUGGGAUAGGUGUUGGUGUUUUUAUAGUUGUGAUUCUUUGUGUAUUAUCUGUAUGGGUGAUGUUUCGGAGAAAGUCUAAAAGAUCUCUGGACAAGUACUCUUUGUCACAAAUACCACAUGUCUCAAAGGACAUCAUAGUUGACAUGGUUGGGGUGCAGAUAUCUCAUGAUCAAUCAGAAAGUGUAGCUAUUCCUGUUCAUGACAAACCAAGUGAGAACAACUCGAACAAGUUGUUUUCUCAUUUGCACAAGAGCAAAUCUGGCGACGCCGAUAAUAUCAGUCAGUGCAGCUCGGUUUAUCAUCACGAGAGAGGAUUUAGUUCAAUGUCGGGGGAAGAAGGAAGCUCCGGGACUGUUAAGAAGCAGUCUGCAUUGUCAUUUGGAGGAAUGGUAACGGCAUCUCCUCUAGUUGGCUUGCCAGAAAUUUCUCAUCUUGGGUGGGGCCACUGGUUCACACUUAGAGAUCUGGAACUUGCUACUAAUCGCUUCUCACCAGAGAAUGUGAUUGGCGAGGGUGGAUAUGGGGUUGUUUACAGGGGAAAAUUGAUCAAUGGAUCCGAGGUGGCAGUGAAGAAAAUUCUUAACAACUUGGGACAAGCUGAGAAAGAAUUCAGGGUGGAAGUAGAGGCUAUUGGCCAUGUCAGACAUAAAAAUCUUGUGCGCUUACUUGGUUAUUGCGUAGAAGGAGUUCACAGGUUGCUGGUGUAUGAAUAUGUAAACAAUGGUAACUUAGAACAAUGGCUACAUGGGGCUAUGAGCCAACAAGGGACACUUACCUGGGAAGCUCGAAUGAAAGUUAUAACUGGAACAGCCAAAGCGCUAGCUUACUUACAUGAAGCAAUAGAACCGAAAGUUGUUCACCGGGAUAUAAAGUCUAGCAACAUAUUGAUUGAUACUGAGUUCAAUGCAAAGGUUUCUGACUUUGGUUUGGCCAAACUUUUGGAUUCAGGAGAAAGUCACAUUACUACUAGAGUAAUGGGAACAUUUGGUUAUGUGGCACCGGAAUAUGCUAAUACAGGUUUGUUAAAUGAGAGGAGUGACAUUUACAGCUUUGGUGUUCUCCUGCUAGAAGCAGUUACUGGAAAGGAUCCUGUAGACUACUCACGUCCUGCUAAUGAGGUGAAUCUUGUUGAAUGGCUCAAGAUGAUGGUGGGGACAAGGAGGGCUGAGGAAGUUGUGGACUCAAGGCUUGAAGUGAAACCAUCAAUACGUGCUUUAAAGCGUGCUCUUCUAGUUGCUCUUAGAUGUGUUGAUCCCGAAGCAGAAAAGAGGCCCAAAAUGAGUCAAGUUGUGAGGAUGCUUGAAGCUGACGAAUAUCCAUUCCGAGAGGAUCGAAGAAAUAGAAAGAGCCGCACUGCAAGUAUGGAAAUUGAAUCUCUGAAGGAUAUUUCUGGUCCAUCUGAUGCUGAAAAGUUGAAGGGGGGUUCUGAAGGCCAUGAACCAGAGACAACUCAAGGGUAGGAUUGACAACCAUACUUGACUUGACUUAACCAGCUUGUACAAUUGGCUGUUUCGAUUUCCGUAACCAAUCAAAUACUAUAUAUGUUCAAAGUUUGUAUUGAGAUUUUUUUUCCACAUCCGAGAAGAGAAUCAAAUCUAAGAGGAGAAUCAAGUUGGAGGUAGCUCAUUUGGACAAUGAAGCAUUUUCUUUUUCAACAUGGUUAUUUAAGGAUAUGAUAAUGAUACACGAAAUUUGCAAGGAGGAUGUAGUCAGGGCGAGUGCAUUAGUUAAUGUUGUACAUACAGAUGUCUGCUGAGCCAAUCUCUUGCUUACAUGACUGCUAAUUUGCAGCCAUUUUUGUCUGCUUAAGAAUGGAGAUGAUGAAAAACUGAUAUUUUGGCUUCAUUGUAGUUGCCGUUUUGCUUUAAGUUAAUCAUUAUGUAUAAACUCCAAAAAGUAUUAUGUGAAGUGACAAUAUCCCUUUUUCUUUUGCAGUAGUUCUGAUUUUAUUAUGUUAGUUUCUCCACAA